AUGAAUUUUAAAAGAAAAAUACCAUUAUGUGAAGAAAAAAUUGGAGAGUUAUGUGAGCCUUUAAUAAAUUCAAAUGGUGUUAUUUUUUGUAAAAACUGUGGAAUUAUUUUAGAUAAAUCAGCGAUAGAAUACCUUCCUGAAGAAGAUAAAGUAAAACAAAAGAAAAAAAAUGAAGUAAUAAAUACAUUAGAACAUUAUUUUCAAUUAAUAAAUUUAAAUGAAAUUCAAUUAAAACAAGGAAAAGAAAUUUAUCAACAAAUAAAUGGAACAACAAUUAAAGUAAAAGGAAAAAAAUUAGAAAAAGUAUUACUUGGAAUAGUAUAUUAUAUUUGUAAAAUAGAAAAUAAUGGAUUAACAAUCAAAGAAAUUUCUAAAAGUAUUAAUCAUACUGAACAAGAAAUUCUUUUUGGUUAUAAAUUACUUGAAAAACUUAUUCCAGAAAUAAAAACAGGAGGAAAUGGGAAUAAUUUACUUAAUAGUCUAAUUAAUAAAUAUUGUAUUUCUAAUAAUUUUAAUAAUUACCUUAAUCAAGCAUUAAAAAUUUCAAAACCUAUUCAAUCUGUUUUAGAAGGAAAAAAACCAAAUACUAUUGCAGUAGUUACUAUUUUCUUUGUAUUAAGAUAUUAUAAUGUACUUAAUGGGUCAAUUGAAAAAAUAAUUACAACUAAUUGUGAUGUUACUAUUUCUAAUGUUCGUCAAGUCCUUCAAAUAUUAGACAAAAAUAAAGAAACAUUAGAAAAAAUGUUGAAACAAUUUGAUGCUAUUGAACUAAUGAAACAAUAA